CACUUGCCAAACAAUGAAUCCUUACCUGAUGAGGUCCCUCCCCUCAGUUUCUGCACCUCAAAACUCAUCAUCAUCCUAUAAGAGUCGCCCUGCGAUUCCUCAAUCCUUACUCCCCUGUCAUUAUGUUUCUGCCACCGGUAUUCUUAACUUCGAAUAUCGUCAAAAACGCAUUCAGAAGAGUCGUGGGGUUGUCUGGAGCCAGAAUAACAGUGAAAGCUGUGGCAGAAACCUCAGUAUUAUUACUGGUGUUCUUGAGAAGCCAAGAGAGAGUCUGGUUGAUGAAGGAAACAGAAAGACGACGUCUUUCAUUAUGCCUUCAGAAAUCAAACCCUUUCAAGGUGGUAUUGGCAUCGUCAACUUUUUUAAAGGCAAGAACUUCCUCAUCACUGGUGCAACAGGGUUCGUGGCCAAAGUUAUUGUGGAGAAGAUCUUAAGGAUGGUUCCAGAAACUGGAAAGAUUUUUGUGUUGAUCAAGGCAAAAGACAAGGAAGAAGCUAUGGAAAGACUCAAAGCUGAAAUCAUAGAAUGUGAAGUUUUCAAGAAAAUCAAAGAGGGUCAUGGAGAAAAUUAUGUGGAGUUCAUGAUGAGGAAGCUGAUCCCAGUGGCUGGGACAGUGUGUGAAGCUGAUUUGGAGAUGGAUGCCAACACUGCAAAUGAUAUUGCAAACCAAGUUCAUGUGGUGGUCAACUCUGCGGCCACCACCUCCUUCGAUGAGAGGUACGAUGUGGCUCUAAACACAAAUACCAGAGGACCUUUUCGUCUCCUAAACUUCGCGAAGAAAUGCAAGAAUCUUUGUCUUUUCUUUCAUAUAUCAACAGCUUAUGUUGGUGAUGGAGAAAGAAAAGGGACAAUAAGGGAGAAGCCACUUUACAUCGGACAAAGAAGGGUUAGGGCAAUCACAGAACAGGACAUAGAUUUUGAACUAAAGUUGGCAUCAGAAAUGCUGGAUUCACUCAAACAGGAUCAAGCAACUCAGAAGAUGAAAGACUUGGGUAUUCAGAGGGCAAAUAUGUACGGAUGGCCAAACACGUACUCAUUCACAAAGGCGAUGGGAGAGAUGUUAAUAAGCAGCUUCAGAGAUGGCACACCAAUGGUUAUUCUUCGUCCCACUGUGAUUGAAAGCUCUUACUCUGAGCCUUUCCCUGGUUGGAUUCAAGGAUACAGAGUUCUUGAUCCACUUAUAUUUAAUUAUUCAAGAGUUCUUGAUCCACUUAUAUUUAAUUAUGGGAAGGGUCAUCUCCCUGGAUUUCUUGGAGACCCUAAUGCGGUUAUAGAUGUGAUUCCAGUAGAUAUGGUUGCGAAUGCCACAAUGGCGGCAAUUGCGAAACAUGGGGCUGCCACAACACCAGAUUUAAGUAUCUACCACAUUGGAUCUUCUGUGGCAAACCCUAUUUCAUUUGGAGCUGUGUUUGAUUAUGCUCGUCGCCAUUUCAAGUCUUUUCCAUUGGCACAGUCCUCAAAUAGGAAUCAAAGCAAACUGGAUUCUUACAAGCAACAAAUGUUGAAACUAAUCUCCCAAAAGAAGUCCACAAAGAAAGCACAGCUUUUAAUUCACUUGGCUAAGCUCUAUGAGCCAUACAUGUUUUAUAAGGCAUGGUUUGAUAGUGGAAAUACCCAGAGGCUAUAUGGAGAAAUGUCGGCUGAAGAGAUGAAGGACUUUGGAUUUGAUGUGAAAAGCAUAGAUUGGGAGCAAUACAUAUCCAAAAUUCAUAUCCCUGGUGUGAGAAAGCACCUUUUGAAGUGUUGA